CCCGCCAUGGCGCCCGAGGAGAGUGCGGGGACCGCACACCUGCUGCGGAGUUUCGAGCACCGCUACCUGGCGGCGCGGGCGCUGCGCUCCUUCCCCUGGCAGAGCCUAGAAGAGAAAUUAAGGGACUCAUCAGAUUCUGAGCUGCUGCUGGGUAUUCUGCAGAAGACCGUGAAACAUCCCUUGUGUGUGAAGCACCCACCAUCAGUGAAAUAUGCCCGGUGCUUUCUCUCGGAGCUCAUCAAAAAGCACGAGGCUGUUCACACGGAGCCUUUGGAUGAGCUGUACGAGGCAUUGGCAGAGGUCCUGACUGCCGAGGAGCCCACCCAAUGCCAUCGGAGCUAUUUGCUGCCUUCAGGGGACUCGGUCACACUGUCUGAGAGCACAGCCAUCAUCUCACAUGGCACCACAGGCCUGGUCACCUGGGAUGCUGCCCUCUACCUUGCGGAAUGGGCCAUAGAGAACCCGGCAGCCUUCGCUCACAGGACUGUCCUCGAACUUGGCAGUGGAGCCGGUUUCACAGGCCUGGCCAUCUGCAAGACAUGCCACCCCAGAGCGUACAUCUUCAGUGACUGUCAUAGCCAUGUCCUCGAGCAGCUCCAAGGGAACGUCCUUCUCAAUGGCUUUUCGUUUGAGCCAGACAUCACUGCCAACUCAGGGAGCCCCACAGUGAUGCUGGCCCAGCUGGACUGGGACGAUGUGACAGUCCCUCAGCUCUCUGCCUUCCAAUCAGAUGUUGUGAUCGCAGCAGACGUGCUGUAUUGCCCAGAAAUUAUCCUCUCGCUGGUCAGAGUCCUGCAGAGGCUCUCUGCUUGCCGGAAGGACCAGCGGGCCCCUGAUGCCUACGUGGCCUUCACCAUCCGCAACCCAGAGACAUGCCAGCUGUUUACCACCGAGCUUGGCCAGGCUGGGAUCCGAUGGGAAGCAGUGCCCUGUCACGACCAGAAACUGUUUCCUUACCAAGAGCACUCGGAGAUGGCGAUUCUGAAGCUCACACUGUAGAUUUCGCAAACAUCUUUGGAGAUUACAGUGAAGACGAAACCACUAUCGUGGGAAGAAUUUUUAUGUGGGAAAGCUGAUAGAACUGUCAUUGGACUUGAAUGUUCUGAGUGUUAGAUUCCAAGUCGGGAACCACAAACUUGUUCUAGUAAGAUAUAAACUGUUUAAGUGAAUGGGUGCCCCCUUUCAGUCAGCAGUUCUGGGUCUUCAGAAAAUAACCAUAAAUCAGAAAUGAAAAAUCUGGCUCAAAGUGUUUCCUUUGUGUAAAUAAAAACAUGUAUAUCAUG